AUGUAUCUCUCAACUGCACUGGUCGCAGGCCUUGCAGCGGCGACCUCAGCAUUCCUAAUCCCUCCCCACGUCUCAGGCGACUUCAAGGACGCAAGAUUUCGAGGAGGGCCACCCGAACACGUCAAGGAAUUCAUCCACCAUUUACUGCAACAAAGAACAACGGCGAUAGACCUUGAAUGUCCUAACUGCCCUUAUGCUGUGUCGAAGGGCCAGAACGAAGAAGGAGAAUACGUCGAGUGGGCUGAUGAACCGGCAGACAGCUAUAUCCAUCUCGAAUUCGAUACACAUGACCAGUCCCUCAACCUCAAUGGUCAAACUCUUCUUCCUUUCAACAAAGCCCACGAAGGUCGGAAGUCAAAAGUGAUCACAGCCCACCAAUUCCGAGCCGACGAUGACGAUCAGACCAACGACUUGCAUCUCAACUUCGCUCUGGAGCUAAUGCCUGCCAUUCCCUCUCCUCACAAGGACGACGUAAACCUCAUUCCGAUCGAGUUCACUGUCUUUGGGCUCAGUGGUAUGCCAGUCAAGGUCAACACGAUAUCUCUAAAGCUCAUUCAAACACCCAACAACGACCUGGUUAUUGUGAAUACAGAGCAAGUGCCUUUCCGAGAAACGCCGGGUGCCGAGGCAUGCGAAGGCGCUACAUCGUGGCCACUUUGCAGACUACAAGCCAUUGUCGCGUCCAGAAUGCGCUCGAUGUUAGAAGCUACAAAAGAGAAGGCCAACAAAGUACACGAAUGGGUCAAAGGAUGCAGUGGCGGCAGCAAGAGUGGCCCUUCCGGGCUCUUGCGAUAUUCACCUCCCUCUGACGGCGAAAAGCCACACCCACAUCACGGACACCACGCCCAUCAUCGUCACCAUGGCGGCCACAGAUAUCACCGAGCAAGUCACAUGCUCCACCAGACACUCCGAUUCUUUAUUGUUCCUGCCCUGCUAGGCAUAAUCGGUGGUCUAGUCGCUAGCGCAGUCGGCAUGCUAGUUGGCCAGGCCAUAAUACUGAUCUGGUUCAAAGCCUAUCGCCAUGGUCGAAGAGGUCCGGUGAGAUCUGAGCGCGAAACCGUGAUUAUAGAGGAAGAGAAGGAAGAGCCAUUGCCACAAUAUGAAAAUGCUCCGAGGUAUCAAGAAUUGGGAGGAACAUACGAUGUGGAAGUUGAAGCUGUUCAUCCACUGGAUGACGAGAAGCAUUGA